GCUGGCGCCAGGCUUUCACACAAUCACAGGAUAUGUAAAGACUUCAAUAACGACCCAUUAGGCCUAAUGAUUGAGAAUCGAUCAGGCGUUAACUCCUCCAUGCAUAUGUUAAUGUGGUGCCGGGACGGGCUUAUAUAUAUGCAUGCCGCUUCUGGAGGCCUGGCAGACAGUCUUGGAUUUUACUGGGAUAGAUUCACGUCCUCAGACACACAGGCAGCAAUCAUGCUCAAUAAGUUUUCUGUCGACUGGCUCGCCCAAAGCUUUCACGAUUCGGCGCCUCUGGAGGUUCUGGAGCCGGAGAAGACGACGCACAGGCCGCACGUGCCGUGUCUGGUUCAACCGAGACCGCCAACAUCCUACGACAAGGUUUAUCUGCAGCCAAAACCAAAGGUUGCCAAAGUUGAACAGAAACCAGAGACCAUUAAGGAGAAUGAGGUCACGACUCCAAGACACUGCUCAUCUCCAAGCUUUUCAGAAAACAGCGGCUAUUCGUCCGGUUAUGAAAGCGAAGCGGCCGCGUCUGAAUGUGCGUCGCGCAGAAUCAGAACCAAGUUCACUCCGGAGCAGAUCGACAAGCUGGAGAAAAUCUUCAGCAAGCACAAAUACUUGGACGCGGGAGAAAGAGUGAAAACCGCGUUGAAACUCAAUCUGUCAGAAACUCAG